AUGGCUUCUAACAGAAGGUCAUCGUCAAGGUACCGCCACAGAUUCCGUGGUCUCAUUUACGACUCGGAGCUGCUGGUGUUUUUUCUCCGAAAGUACUGGCGGUACCGGUCACUGAUCUUCGUAUAUACUAUUACAAGGUCUUCACGCAUUUCAAAGAUCCCAUGCCCACAUUUACAAGCCGUUUGUGUUCUUUCUCCUGCCAGAAUCACAAACCGUGUAGAAGCUCUCGCAUGUUUCGACCUCUGCUUGUCGGUCUUUGUGCAUACCUAUUCGCAGAUGUCGGGGAUACAUUUCUGCCCAUCUGUGUAA